AUGGUUCUAGGAGUUGCAUUUGCUGGAGAUCUUCUUGGGCAUAGUGCUGGAUUUGGUGCAUUUUUAUUUGGGUUAGUGUUACCAGAUGGACCACCAUUAGGAAUGACGUUAAUUGAAAAGUUUGACACUAUAAGUUCUGGUAUACUACUUCCUAUUUUCUGUAUUGUGAGUGGACUAAGGACAAAUAUAUACUCUUUACGUUAUCCAUCAUCCAUGAUCAUUGAACUAAUCUUACUUAUGGGAUAUUUCGGAAAGUUUUUGGGAACCUUAAUAUCAGCUAUAUUGAUUGGGAGAAUGACUCUCAAUGUUGCCUUACCAUUUGCUCUCCUCUUGUGUUGCAAAGGAGUUGUUGAACUCGCUGUAUAUGGAAAUUUUAGGGAUACACAGCUAAUAUCAGAUGAAUUAUUUGCUCUUUGUAUAAUCACUAUGUUGAUUAUAACUGGAAUUUGUGUACCACUAGUGAAGUAUCUUUACGACCCUUCGUCACAAUAUGUCAAUAUGAAAAGACAAUCAAUUCUAGAAAAGGGGAACAAAGGAAUUCUCAAGAUGUUAGUUUGCAUUCACAAAGAAGAUAAUGUCCCUUCUAUCAUCCAUUUACUUCAAGUUGCUAAACCAAGAAAACAAAGCCCAUUAUGUGUAUUAGUUCUCCAACUCUUUGAACUUAUUGGUAAUAAGAAAGCCAUUCUUGCACCAUAUGACGAAGUAAAUAAGAAGACAUUAACGGGAAGAAAUUCAGAACAUGUAGCUACUGCUUUUACACAAUUUCAGAAACAAAUACGCGAAAAUUUGAGAAUCCAACACUUCACUGCAGUUACGCCUUAUGCUUCUAUGGACAAUGAUAUAUGCACCCUUGCAUAUGAUAGAGGAGUAGAUAUUAUCAUUCUCCCUUUCCACCAAAACUAUAAGGGUAUUGAUAAAAUUGUCGCGGAUUCUUAUAGCAUCAAUAUAAGAAAUGUUAAUCGUAGAGUCAUAAGGAAGGCUCCUUGUUCAAUAGGAAUAUUAAUUGAUCAAGGAACACUAGAGGAUGGCUACCAUACAAUCAGUGAAUGUCAAUCAUUUUAUAUAGUUGUUGUGCUAUUCCUUGGUGGUACUGAUGAUCAUGAAGCACUAGCAUAUAGUAGACGUUUGGUAGAGAAUCCAAAUGUUCAACUUCAAGUCAUUAGAAUUAAGUCAUUGCUUAACAACGACGACACAACUACUGAUGAAGGAAAUGUCAUUGACAAUAUGAUUGUAAAUGACUUUGUUGUAAAUACUAAGAAUAUGAAAAAUGUCAAGUUUAAGGAUAUCUUUGUAAAUGAUGCAGUAGGAACUACGAAAAUUAUUCGUUCGAUAGAAGGCAAUGUGGACUUAGUUUUGGUGGGAAGGUACCAUGAUCCACAACUCUCAGCUAUAUCAGGACUAAUGGAUUGGAGUCAGUGGUCUGAACUUGGUGCAAUUGGUGCUGUGCUUGCUACUUGGGAUUUUCAAUUUUCAGUGUUGGUAAUACAACAACAUCAAAAUGAUUACCAUCAAUCGGAGGGACAAAAAAUGGUACAAAAGCAACAAAAACAAGUCAAAUCAAUGCAUACAAGACAGAAUUCUAAUGCAUCUUUAGCAUCUAUAAGAGAUGGAAAUGAAACCACGUCAUUUGAUACUAAAGAUUCACAUGCUUACUCUAAUCUUGUGGUAAAUCAAUAG